CUCGGCCAGCGGCGCGGCUGUGUGGAAUAACGCUGACCGCCAUGCCUCGCGUUUAUAUCGGCCGUUUGAGUUAUCACGUCCGUGAGAAGGACAUACAGCGGUUUUUCAGUGGAUAUGGAAAACUGCUGGAAGUCGACCUGAAAAAUGGUUACGGCUUCGUGGAGUUUGAGGACACGCGCGAUGCGGACGACGCCGUGUACGAGCUGAACGGGAAGGAGCUGUGUGGCGAGAGGGUGAUGGUGGAACAUGCGAGAGGACCUCGGCGUGACCGGGAUGGAUACGGAGGAGGAGGGGGAGGAGGUGGUGGAGGAGGAGGAGGAGGUUAUUAUGGAGGCGGCCGCAGUGGCUACAGCAGCAGGAGUCGCUCGGGUCGAGAUAAAUACGGCCCUCCGGUCCGCACCGAGUACCGGCUCAUCGUGGAGAACCUCUCCAGCCGCUGCAGCUGGCAGGACCUCAAGGACUUCAUGCGGCAGGCGGGUGAGGUGACAUACGCAGAUGCCCAUAAGGAGCGCGCCAACGAGGGCGUGAUCGAGUUUCGCUCUCACUCAGACAUGCGCAGGGCUCUGGAGAAACUGGACGGAACCGACAUCAACGGGAGGAAGAUCCGGCUGAUCGAGGACAAACUGCGCCGCCGCCGCUCGUACUCCGGGAGUCGCUCCAGGUCCCGCAGUCGCCGGCGUUCCCGCAGCAGGAGCCGCCGCAGCAGCCGAUCCCGAAGCAACUCCAGGUCUCGCUCAAGGUCUCGUUCCCGGCGGCGCCGCUCUCGCUCCAGAUCCCAUCACAAGUCCCGUUCCAGGUCGGGUCGCAAGUCCCGCUCCAAAUCUCCCUCCAGCAAAUCUCGCUCUCGCACGCAGAAAUCCCGCAGCAGGUCUCGCUCUCGCUCCGGCGACCGCCAGUCGCGCUCCAAGAGCACUUCCAAAGUGAAGUCGGAGCGCGGCUCGCGCGGCCGAUCGAAAGAGAAAUCCACGAGUAAGAAAUCACGUAGCCGCUCGGCGUCGCCCGCCGAGAACGGAAACGAGGAGCAGCGAGCCAAAUCCGCCUCACGCUCGCCGUCUCCUCCGGCCCAGAAGAGCGGCUCGAAAUCUCCCGAGCGUCGCUCGCGCUCCAAAUCCGGCUCGCGCUCUAAAUCCAGAUCCCGGUCCAGAUCCGCCUCCCAGGACUGAACCACGCUCGUUAAAGCGUGGUUAAAUUUCCGAACCGCACAUCGUGACCCGGCUCUUUAAUCGAUUCCCGCCGGCUAGAGUAGAUGUUUUAUACGUGGCAUGAGCAGAAACGAGCAGAAUUAUGGAUCAUCAUCAUCAUCUUUGUUCUGUGUGCAAAUGAACAUAGAAUUAUUAUUAUUGACUGACCUUUCCAUGACCUGUGACUUGGAUCUCUCCGCGUGUCUCAUAUUCCCGAGUCGGUUCAGGAGAAGACGUCGGCUAACGAGAAGCUAGCGAAGACGAGCUGUUGUGUGUUUGUGGUUCUGUGAUGUUCGUCAUUUAAACCCAGUUUCAAUCAUGAUCAUAAAGUUUAAACGUCCGCUGUUCACAUUUACAACUUCUCAAAUCAUUUCAGUCCAUUUUUAUUGUACCUUUUAUUAAAAGUCCUCAUUAAUACGCU